AUGGAUAAAACAGUUAGACUCUCCCCUUUCAAAGUAAUUCAAGACGACGCAGAUCAAGGCUCAGAUACUUAUAGAGCCUUGCGGCUUAGCUCCUCUAAGCCAAGCUCAGUACCGAAACUUAGGCUUUCGUUGCCUUCUUUGACAACAGGAUCCGUCUAUAUUUCACCCCGAGAAAGAAGGAAGCAAUCUUUAACUUCAAGAUAUACAGACCAAUUUUCCUUUGUCCAUAAUGAUUUUUCUACACCAAAAGUAAUAAAAGCUUCCCAUGAUAUUUCUAUCCCAAGUCCUAGGAGAAAUUUCAAAACAGCUUGUUUGACUACUAAACCUGAAACAAUUUUGCUUAAUAAUAGAAAAGUUUCAAGAAAUUUAAUUAUGGAUUGCUUUCCAAAUUGUAAUUAA